AUGCAUUCUGCAGAUCUGGAGCUGCAUUCGCAUGUCCUGAGGGCUGUCCUGCACCAUGGUCACCACAGGCAGGAGCUCAUCGAGGAGCUUCCCGAUGACUCGUCACCCAGCGCCAUCCUCGCCCACUCACUGGCUGCAGUGGGCUACCUCUGCACCAUGAAACCUGCCCUGGAGCCAGCCCUAGAGACCCACCUCUUGCGAGCUGCCCUUCACUCCGUCUUCACCCUGGGCACGGAGAAGGACACCACCGGCAUCCAGGCUCUGCACAAAGUCAUCCCAGAGGUCCUGGAUGCCAUGCUGGGGAACCUGCUGGCAGAGUCCCCAGACACAGACAGGCUCCACUUCAUCUUGGAGCAUGUCAACUUGUGGGUCGUGUCCAGGGUGUCCCAGGAGCGAGCCAGGGCUAUCAGGAGCAGCACAGCCCUGCUGAGAUACACAGUCACCCUCCCUGAGUUUGACAUCUCAGCCGAGUUCCCUAGGAUGGGUCACCAUGUGGCCCAGCUGGCUCUAUUUGUCAGCGAUCCAGACAAGGACAUCAGCCGGCAGGCCAGGGAGGGGACUUACCGGCUCUACCAACUGCUGCUCCAACAGAGGGGCCUGACCAUACAUGACGCGGAAGAUCUCUGGUGCUAUGACUGGCACCAGACCAGAAGGCUCUUGGGCUAUAAGAAUACAGCCAGAGUGGGGGAGAAUAUCCAAACCUUCGAACACACCGUAAGACAGUGCCCCCAGCCUGGAGUCAAAGGUGAAAUGGGUGAUUUCCACAACAUCAUAGAGGAGGCCUUGGAGUGGCUCCUGGAUCGAGAAGGGCAUCGACAGAACGCUGCUCCACAGACGCCCCGUGAGAGAGACUGUGUGAGCUUGUCCCGCCUCCCACAAGCUGAAUUGCUGCAGCAGAAGAAAAGUCUCCGAGGAGCGUCUGGGAUGGGGACUGGGCCAUGA